AUGCAUGCUACACAGGCUAUCAUGCUCGCUUCAUAUUCCCUGGAAGUUGGAAUCACUCUUGAAGUUUGUCAUGAAGCGAUGCCCACAUCGAACCCGCUUGCCCCAUCGCUAGCUCCAACACUUUCUGUGAGUUUUUUCUCCAACAGCGGCAGACCCCAUUCCCCGAUGGAUCGCCACUGGGGGUCUCUGAAUUUUGGGUUUUUCGUUGGCUUGUUUUGUGUGCGGGACGCCGAAAGAAAGGAGAAAUUGCAUGCAAACACUCAAAAAGCAGAUGCAACGUUGAUCCUGGUAGAGAAUCGUUACGUCAUAAGUCCACUAGCGGGCGAACGACGUACGAGAUCGUGA